AUGUUCUGUCCGUCGGACGUGGACUUGGAACGCUGUGAGCUGUCGGCUGCGUGUCCGAACAGCUGGCCAGCAGCUGUCUCCCUGCUGCUCAGCAGUGGGUGGAGGACUCCACUGUUUGUGGCCGGGCGGGAGGGGCCCUGGGCCUGCAACGAGUUCACCACCCAUGUGAUGAACCUGCUGCGCGAGCAGAGCCGGACCCGGCCCAUCUCACCAAAGGAGAUCGAGCGGAUGGUCAGCAUCAUCCACCGCAAGUUCAGCUCCAUCCAGAUGCAGCUCAAGCAGAGCACCUGUGAGGCCGUCAUGAUCCUGCGCUCCCGGUUCCUGGACGCGAGGCGGAAGAGACGGAAUUUCAACAAGCAGGCGACGGAAAUCCUGAAUGAGUAUUUCUAUUCCCAUCUCAGCAACCCUUACCCCAGUGAGGAAGCCAAAGAGGAGUUAGCCAAGAAGUGCGGCAUCACCGUGUCCCAGGUAUCAAACUGGUUUGGAAAUAAGCGAAUCCGGUACAAGAAGAACAUAGGUAAAUUUCAAGAGGAAGCCAAUAUUUAUGCUGCCAAAACGGCUGUCACUGCCACCAAUGUGUCAGCCCACGGAAGCCAAGCUAACUCACCCUCAACUCCCAACUCGGCUGGUUCUUCCAGCUCUUUUAACAUGUCAAACUCUGGAGAUUUGUUCAUGAGCGUGCAGUCACUCAAUGGGGAUUCUUACCAAGGGGCCCAGGUUGGAGCCAACGUGCAGUCACAGGUGGAUACCCUUCGCCAUGUUAUCAGCCAGACCGGAGGAUACAGUGAUGGACUCGCAGCCGGUCAGAUGUACAGUCCGCAGGGCAUCAGCGCUAAUGGAGGUUGGCAGGAUGCGACUACCCCCUCAUCAGUGACGUCCCCCACAGAAGGCCCUGGCAGUGUUCACUCCGACACCUCCAACUGACCUCCCCGCACAUGCAUCCCGCUGACCCUGUGCCCAGCGGGUGGGGCCAGGAGGGAGGGUGUCUCCACGCUGAAGCGGUCAGACUGGAGGUCGAAGCAAUCAGCAGACACAAGAGUCUCCUUCCCUUCUCUUCCGUGGGAUGCCACUUCAGCCAAUCUGGACACUUCUUUCUACUCUGUCCCCUUUUUUCUGGGUAGAAGCCACCCUUCCCUGCCGCCAGCCUGGUGCCGUCCCUGCCCUGCCCCUGCCCCUGCCCUCACUCCCUGGGCCCUGCCUCUAUGCGUCACUGAAGGAUAUUUUCAGCAAUUAGAGGAAUUUAAAGAGGAAAAAUGAAAAGAAAAUAAUAAAAGUGUUUGUUUUCACGCUGGUGGUCUGAGGAGCCACGUUUACCUCAUCAAGCCCCCAUCACAGCCCCCCGUCCCUCGUCACUCUCACUACCUCUCGCAGGACUCGCCACGCAGGCCCGGCUCAUUGGCCACUGCCUCCUCCUGCUCUGCCCUCCCUGGGGAUAGCUCCGUAAGCACGCUCCCCCUCUGCCCCCCCAGUCCCAGUCCUCCCUGGGGAUGGAGCCCCAGGUCCUGGGUUCAGCUCCACAGGGUUGAUUCCAGGUAGGAAGUCAGUGGCAGGAGAGGGCACAGGACAGGAGAGGUGGCGUUCCCGGUCUUCUCACCAUCCUAGGAGCAGCUCCUGGUUUCAGAGGCAGACUGGGGGCCAGAACCUGCUGCAGACCCAGGUGUGGGUUAGCGUGGUGACGAAUGCAUCACAGAGGAGGAGACGGUUCUCAUCCUGAAACCCUUCAACUCUACCUGCACACGCACAUGCCCCUGUAGGCACAUGCACGGUCUCACAUGCACCGCCCCGAGGUCAGGCACAUGCCGCAUACAAAUACCUGCAUUAGUAACCGCAGCCUUAUGCCUUGUGAGCCCAAGAGGGAAUUGGCCACUCCGAGUGAAGGUCCCAGACACACAGAAGCGAUACGUUCCUGCGGCGUCCAGGACCUGCGGUCCCAGCAGGCACACGCCAAGCGACCCCCAUGGGACAGACCAGCCUCCAGCGCCAGCCCUUCCCGUGCACUAUGGCCCGAGCAUCAGGGUGCCAGGCACAGCGUCUGCAUGCGGUGGCUCUGUUCUGUGUUUGCGCAGUGGGGAUGUGGUGUGAGUUGUCCGGUGUUCUGUGCACCGUGUCUGGGUCUGGAGGACUCCGUUGUAUGAGAGCUUGCCUCGGGCACACUGUUCACCAGCUUGUCUGAGGACCUGUCAGUGGUGGAGACGGGGAGGUAUGUUAUUGGUGAAACCAUCGCGGAGAUUUUCAGGCUCUGGGAGUAUCCCUGGGAGACAAGUUUGCACCGGAAAGCCAUUCUCCACGGCGCUGAGCCUGCUCCCUUCAUGGCCAACUGUGCCAGCAAUGGAGAUGGCAGCUCGGCGCUCGCCAAGUGGGCAGUGGGCAGUGGGCAGAUGGCUUAGUGCCUCACCUGUAAAAUGGGGACUGGUCUGCCUGCUCACGCAGGGCUUGUGAGAGACUGCAGGUGUCGGUGUCCUGCACAUCCAAUCUGUAAACGUGAGGCCGGGGAGCAGUGUCUCCGAGACGAGCUGGUUCAGCUCUAACUUCUGGUCCAUGUCUGGACCCUGACAUCACCCUGAGGGCAAAGGGGAGAGUUGUUUUUCAGUUUGCUUUUGUCUGUUUGGUUUCUUGGAAUAGAGAGAAGGUCCCAGACUAGAAAAAUCGGACCUGGUUCUCUUAGUUUGUGCUUGAGUCCAGCCCGUGGUUUGUCAGUACUCAGUCCCCUGUCACAUCGACACUGCUUGAGGCUUCUGGGACUGUGUGAGACCCCGAGGAGCCAGGCUGUCCCCCAACAAGGUCAUGGACAGUCCUCAGCAUGCAGUAACAAACAGAAACUGCCUCUUUGUGUGUGUUAGAGGGUGUGUGUAUUUGAAGGAAAUGUGGACAAGAGAUAUUUGGGAUUAUGCCUGGUGACAAGAGCAUUAGAAAGCCACGUCUGCUCCUCCAUGCAGAGGGUUCUGGGAAGGGGGCCACGUGGCAGCCCUGCGGUGAUCGGACCCAGUGAGACCUGCCUCGGUGCAGGGCUUUACUGGCCCCUGCACCUGGGCACAGGGUUCACCUGGAGCCAGGAUGAAGGACUCGGGUUUGGGUGGAUGGCCACCAUUCCAGGUCAAUGGAAAGAUUGGGCGGAGUGCAGUUCCACAGGCAGGUUCCCGCCCCACAGUAGCUGCCCUGUCACUGUCACACACAGCCCCCCCCUUGUACCUUUCACACCUCUCCCUCCAGAGCCACGCUUACAUCCAGCGUGGCAGCCACGGGGUGUCUUGAGUACAGAGAAACGUGAGCACACUCAGCGAAGGGCGGGGUUGACAGAGAUGGCCUGUGGCAGGGACAGCGCCCUGGGGACUCCUGCUCCGUCAGUCCCGCUGACUCCGCCGUGCCCACGACUCGGUUUCCUAUUGAUGUGGGAGCACUGCGGUGUCCCUGCCCCAAAUGUCCCCUUGGGUUUGCCCACCUGUAACUCCGCAUCGCUACCCCCUUCCACCCCUAGCUCCCUGGCGUGGAGCGGAUGCCCGCGCAGUGAUUUUUUCCUGGUGGCACCUUCCUGACUAUUGUUCUGCUCUGCUGGUGGUUUUUUUAGUUGCUGGUUGCCUUUUCUCUCACAUCCCUCUUCCCCCCUUUUCCUUCUGCAUUUUAUUUUUCUGCCCAGAAAAACCUGACUUCGAUACCAAAAAAAGAUAAAACUACAGAAACUCAAAUUUAAAAAAAACUUUAAAAAAACAAAAAAAAAAUACUCAAUGACCCUCUCAGCUUUAUUAACAUUUCCAUUGUUUCUCGCGACUCGUGUCUCGUUCUUUGUAGUACUGAUGAUGAACAUUUGAUAAUGAAUGUUCUUGUAUAUUCAGAUAAAGGGAAAAAAAAAACCAAAAAAGCGGUCUGAAUUUAAUAGUGUUUAUAAUAAAAGUUUUAAAAAUGACCCUCAUAGCACGCGAGACAGGACGGGGCUGCCCUCCCCGUGACCACACCCUCCAGCCCCUCCGUUCUCACCAACUGCCCGCCUCGGCCAUUCUUCCCUCCUUUAUUUUAUUUUCUUGCAUUUGUGAAUUAGUUCAAGAAUGCUAGACAAGUGUCCAGUUGUGCCCACCCAUUUCCUGUUCCACGAUGUUUAAAAGUGACUGUAAUUCAUUUUGUAAACUAAAAAAAAAAAAAAAAAAAAAAAAA